GAGGCGGAGGUGUCACGUGUGCGUACGAAGUUCUUGUUUACAUGUAGCAGCGAUGUACUCGACCGUUCAAUCGCAGCUCUGGUAAUCACUGUUAUCGGGAAAAAACACAUUGCUAAAUAAUAAGAGGAUACAGUCUAUCACUCUUCUUAACAACUGACUACCUGUUUUAGCUGGGACUACUACUGAAAACUCGCUGAGGUAACCUUUGUAUAAACGAGCAGGCCGGGAAGCCUCGAGCUUUCCAGAGUCGCUCUCUCGGUUCCGUUUGACGUUUUGAUACAGUGGUAAUGCAGCGGAUACUUGGUAGCAAACCAGGUGGAAUUUUGACUAUUUUAAAAAAUUCAAAUAAGGACUUAAUCGAGGAGCUUGACAAUUAAAUUCCACGUUUAAUGUUAUUUCCUCAGAAACGUAAACUUGUUUCGCUAGGAUUUUAACCCGACCAGCUCAACAGUUCUUGCCCCCUCCAGAUUGACUAGGUCGGUGUGUGGUCUAAUUCUCCGGGGCCCUGAAUCGGGGCGGGUUUCCCGGUUCCGGCCCUGUAAAGCGGGCGGUGAGGAAGAAGUUUUCGGGGAAGGGAUGGCUCGGUGGGUCUAUCCGAACCCAGGGUACUGCAGUUUUUGAGGGAGGCUGUGUCCGCAUAGAGCCGGGCCGAGGGGUCGCGCCUGCCAUGGCCUCCUCCUCGUCCCCUUUCUCGGACGGGCUGAAAGCCUCCGGAAUAACGAGCAAAAAGAAUGAGGAGCUUGCAGAGCUGAUUGACUGUUUCUCAAAAAUGCAGUACCGAGCUAAAGAAACGAACUCAAAGGUGGAGCGCAUUGAGAAACGGUAUUUGGAGUUGUUUGGCAAGGAUUACAAAUACAGUAUAAUUCACAAUGCAAAUGGGGAGGUGUGUGGGCAUUACCCUCGGAAGAUAGUCUUUUUGGAGUAUGAGAGCUCUGAGCACGACAAAGACAGGUUUGAGAGCACUGUGCAAGUUACUAAACUCCAGGACUUGGUGAAUCGCAGUAAAAUGGCUAGGUGUCGAGGGAGGUUCGUCUGCCCUGUUAUCCUUUAUAACGGCAAGCACAUCUGUCGUUCUUCCACGUUGGCAGGAUGGGGAGAGUUGUAUGGACGAACUGGUUACAACUACAUCUUCUCAGGGGGCUUGGAAGAUGCAGGGGCCAUGUCGGAUGACGUCCCUGAUGAGGAUGAUGAUGCAGUGCGAAAUGGGGAUUCUCAGCUGUUUGACAAAGUCAGAGGUCAUGACAUCAAACUGCUCCGAUACCUGUCUGUCCGAUACAUCUGUGACCUGAUGGUGGAAAACAAGAAAGUGAAGUUUGGCCUGAAUGUAACUUCCUCCGAGAAGGUGGACAAGGCUCAGCGCUAUGCAGACUUCACCCUCCUUUCUGUUCCAUAUCCAGGCUGUGAAUUUUUUAAGGACUACAAAGACAGAGAUUACACUGCAGAGGGUCUGGUCUUCAACUGGAACCAGGACUUUGUAGAUGCCCCCCUAACAAUACCAGAAUCCCUCAGCAAGAACUUGAAUAUCAAUUGGAGAGAAUACCAGUCGUGGGACCUGGUGAAGCAGACACAGAAUUAUCUAAAGCUGCUAGUUCAUAUUAUCAACAUUGAUGAUAAAAGUGGUUUGCUAGUGCACUGCAUAUCUGGCUGGGAUCGGACACCUCUGUUUGUUUCGCUCCUGAGACUCUCGCUUUGGGCAGAUGGUAUGAUCCAUGCUACUUUGGAGCCAGCAGAAAUACUGUACUUGACUGUUGCCUAUGAUUGGUUCCUUUUCGGACACAUGCUCCCAGAUAGACUGAGCAAAGGAGAGGAGAUAUUCUUUUUCUGCUUCAAUUUUUUGAAGCACAUCACCUCAGAGAAAUUCUCGGCUGUGAAAAAACAAAGGCGGAAAAGCUCCCACUUCAAAGAUACUGAUUUCACAGUAGAAGAUAUCUGCCAGUUAAGGCGGAAAGACCGGGGCAGCGCCACCAGCCUGAGUAGUGACUUCUCGCUGAUCCAGGAAGACUCUCCAGCUGCAAUGGGCAGCUUUAACUAUGAAGGAGUGGAGCUGAUAUCAGCAGGGCCUCAGGCACAGGCUGCUUGGAGGAAAGGAAGGACGUCAUCUCCACAGAAUGUGUUGUGGAGUAAACAUCACCCGCUAGAAGAUAAGCCCCUGUAUCCAGGAGUGGUAGAGGCCAAGUCCUCCAGCUCUUCCUCUUCAAACCAAUCUGAAAACAACUUCAUGAGGCCAGGGAGCAACCCAUUGCCGGUGCCGGGGAGUAACCCGUUGCCUGUACCAAGGGGAAGAUCUGCCGGCGAGUAUGCACACUCCGGUUCUUCAGUCUCCACCAAUUACGGCAGCUGGCAGAUUGUGUCAGGCUGUGGCAGCAUUAACGACCGGGGUAGCCUGACUGCUGAAUCUCCCAUACCCUUCAGCUUUCAGGAUGAGGGAGCCAACGGCAGGAUGUGCCCACCAGUCCCGGAGCGACAGGCCAGAUUGGAGAUGGUGCGGGAGGUGUUCCUUUCUACCUACAGUGCCACUGUGGGGCUGAAAUCAUCAGCCAGUCCCUCUGGAGCCAUCACUGGUCUUCUGGAGCAGUUUGCACGUGGAGUGGGACUGAGGGGAACCAACAUGAUAGUCUGACACACAGUGGUGUUUUCUGAAACAAGGAAAAAAAAACAAGGGCAAGACUCACCACGCACACACACACACACAAAAUGGUGCCAAACAUGGCUUUUAUUAUGCAGGGGCUACUGUUGUAUUAUUUUUCUUUCUUUUACUGUGGGGAAACCUUCUAAAAGUAAUGUUGCCAAUUUUAUAAUUUGUGUUAUUUCCAAGAUCAGUGUUUGGUCUCUUCACUACCAUGGGUUUUUAAAUGGCAGGAUGAACUAGUUAACUUUUUUGUAAAACGCAGACAAAUUACAGGACGUUUAACUUAUAAGAGAUGUGCGGUUAUAAUAACAACAUUGCUUCCAUUCUGUGGUUAUCCUAGUAUGUGUUGUUCUGUUUCAACAUGCCUCCUGGGGUUUGUUUUAAGAGACAUUGUGGGGGUGUGUUUUAGUGAUCUAAACAAUGGCUUAUGUAAAUACUGCCACCCUUAAACUUGUAAGCCAGUUUUAAUGGGUCAGUACAUCACACCUUUUCAGACAUAAAUGCCUACUUGCUGAUGUAAGUUUGUUGUUUCUCAAACGCACGGUAUGAAGUCUGUACACAGCAGAGGGGAAUGUGUAGUAUCGGUAAACAAUUUGUUGCUCAAUUAUAUUUCACGGUACUAACUGUAGAGGUAUAAAAGGCUUUAAGAUCAAAAAUUGCUCGCCUUAUAAGUUGUUGAUUUUAAAGUUCACUAGCCUUAAGUUGAGGGGCCCUACGCUGCUGCAGGCGGUAUUUGUAAGUCAUAAAAGCAUUACAUCUGUGUUUGUGGAUCUCACAGCACAUUUACGGUAUAGAACUGAAAAAGUUAAAGAAAAAUGUACUUCUAUAAAGUAAUCAGCAAGUUUUAUAUGAUGACUUCAAAAUUCACUGAGCAAUUAGAAUUUUAGGUUACUGUCAGUUGUGUUUGCUCAAUUUAAAAACAAUAAACUGUUGAAUAAAAACAAACUCUAACUCGGGAAGCCUGUUAGCACUCCACAGCAGCACAGAAUUUAUCUGACAGUUUGGGGAAAUUUAUUUAAUCUCAAAACCACUGUAUCAAGUGACAAAUAUUGGUUUAAGUAAAACCCCAUGGGAGUGAAAUGAAGAGCUAAAUGGGUCUAAAACAUACUAAACAAUUUUAUUGAAACUGAAAUAGUUUGUUCACAAGAAAAUCUGUCUCCUUGUCAAGUGGUCUUUUGGUGUUGACUGGGCAGAAAGUGGAGUCUUGCAUCGUCUCUUAACAUAUGUGUGUAGCAUUUGCUUUGUGUCAAGAAAUACUUCUCAUCACUUGCAACCGAAAGGAAAAGGCAGUCAGAUCCUAAAAAAAGAAAUGGGUUGGACUGUUAACAGGCAAAGUACACAGACUUGUACUUUAAAUGUAGGUUAAUGAAGAGAGAUCAGUUUACAGACCACAAAAUCUAGGUCAUGGUUACCAGGGGACUGCAACUUUCAGCUGUGUUUUGUAAAUUCUCCCAAAGUGAAUAUUGUUGCACCAUCUGCUCUCUGUUUCAUAGUGGCUUCUGUGGUCUCCUCUGUUUUUCUUCUCAGGUUUAGUGAGCAUUAUUAUUUUUUAGAGGCUGAGUUUGAUAUUUAAAGUGUAAGUGGGAGGAAAAUACAAUUCAAAUGAAAGUUACACAUUAUUUUUUCCACUUAAUUGCAAUUAGCCAGAAAUAUUCUUAAUGGAGUCACCUUUAUUUUAUACAAUAAUUACUUUUUAAAAACAAUAUUAAUUAAAUGUGUACUCCACAUGAAGGAAACAAUGUAGUUAAUUGCAAAGCAUAGGAAUUUCAAUGAAGUAAUACACUUGGCAGUUACAGGGGAAAUGCAUCCAAUAAAUAUUUUCAAAUAUAAGAUCUGGUAGUAUUCUUUUAAAAAAAAAAAAAAAAAAAAACUUUUGCAUGUGUGUGAUGUUAAACAGCUACUGGUUGGGAGUUUCCUGAUGAUUUGUCCUGGUCACAUGCUUCAGGUUAAGAGUUUAAAUUCCAGUUUCAAUGUACAGUAACUGUUAAAAUAAAUUAACACUUUCUUAAAUUGAGAAGGAAUGCAUUUUCUUGUCUCAAACCAUUUGGGUUUGCCAUCUAUUUUAUAGGAACACAUUUUUUUUUUUUUUUUUUUUUUAACUUAAAAUAGGUCUUAAAUCUAGUAUCGUUAUUAUUAAUAAUAGUAACAAAAACAUGCCCAUAUACAUGUAGAAUUUGUAAAAUGUUUUUUGCAGUACAAGAAGUAAUGUAAUUUUGUUAGUUUCCAGUAAAAUGAGUUCAGUUGGAAUCCAGGCACUCUUAAAGUAUGUACUUAACCAGUCAUAGUGCAAGCCCUAGGUUUACUCUAAAGGUUUAUAAGCAAUUGCACCUUCACAAUAAACCACUAGUUUAGAUUUUUCAGUGCAGGAAAAACUUAUAUCUUUGAUUAAAGAUAAAAAACUUUUAUUAAAGUCCAUGCCCCUGGAGAUUUUAAAGGAAGUAAUUGCUAUGCAGUGCUAUGGAAGUACUGGUUCACAAUACUUUCCCAGUGAAGCCUCGCUUAUCUGUUCUUCUUAUUUCAUUUGAUACUGAAUAUACCUCUGGGUGUCACAUUACUUAAUUCUAAAGUUAGGUGAACAAAACUGAAGGCAAACAGCUACCUAUGGUGAGUUUACUCUUACUACCAUGGUAAAGCCAAGGGUGAAAACGGUUUAGGAGAACAGUAUAUCUGUCUUCUAAGACUAGUCACUAGCAGCAGGCAUUAGCAAUCAUUUUAAAGACUUGUGUAAGCCAUAUGGGUAUCUGGUUCAUAAGAAAAAUAAACAGUGGAAAAUCUGAAUGGUUAAUAGCAGUUGUCUUAAAUUGUCCAAUUUCACACUGCUUACAACAUGAAAAAUGUGUGGCCCAACUGCAACAAAAUAAAUGAUUUUAAGCCGUGUGUGUUGUUAUUACAUAGGUUCCGUUCCUCAAGAUUUAAUAAUUCAGUUUCAAGUGUAGUUUUUCACUAGUCCUGUGCUUUUCUAAUGAAACACCCUUUAAUGCUUAAUACAAAUCAGAUGCAGCAUUGUAAAAGGGUUCUCAUUAUUUUGUGAAUAUGUUUUGUUUACAUUUUCGUCUGUGUUUUCUGGGAUUUAUACAGGGUUUCAAUGAUGUGUUCAGGGAAGAAAAGGGAAAACCAAUUGCUAACCUUUCAUAUCGGGUCAUGUGAGUGACAUUAUGAAUAAUUUUGGCAACUUCAUUUUUAUUGUAGAGGCUGCAGCCUAACACUUGUCUGAAGCUCUUCAGGAGUGGCUAUAAUCUGCCCUUGUUUUUCAUUGAAUCUUGCCGCUAUUGUAUUCAUUCGUGAUAGCACCAAAGACUGACCUAUGAGCAGUAUUGAAUCCGGAUUCACCAUUGACCUUACUUAAGGUGUUUUUUUUUUUUUUUUUUUCUCUCUCUCUAAUUCUCAGUUUUGCUAAUGUGCGGAUGUUGUCAUUACAUAUACCUUACAGGGACAAGGGACCUAAAGAGCCCGAGCAGGACCCUGGGCUGAUCUAUUCACCCAAUUUUUUUUAAUUUUUUUUUUUUUUUUUUUUUUAUACUGUAAUCGUCACCUUUUGUAUUGGUUGUAGGUGUGAUGCAGCUCAAGGUAUUUUGGAGGUGACAUUUUCAAGCAAUUUGGAGCAAUUGUUUUAAAACGGCUCCUUUUUAAACCAACAAAAAAUGGUCAAAGAAAUUUUAUUUAGCAUAUAGUUGAGUACACAAUUUUGAAGCUCUGCUUGUUUCCUGCAAUCAACUUGUAUAGGAGUGAACUAUGGCAGUUUUUAGUGAGCAUUUGUGCAACUGGUUACAAUGAGGCUCUAAUUCUGAGCUGUCAGCUGAACUUGUAUGUGUUAGGACAAAUUGCCUAGGUUGGCUGUAUUGACAGUGCAGUUGCAUUACAUCAGUAACCCAGUUGUAGACCCAACAAAUGAGCAAUACUGGCUGUCACACAUGGCCAGUUUCAAUUAUAAUUAAGGCUUCUGGUUUUUGGGUUUUAUUUUUGAUCACGUGAUGUCCCUUUAAACAUAUCUGGAGCCAAUUCGCUUUCUUAAUCAAACAUUAAUUACCAAAGGAAGUUGUUUCUUUUUAUCCUCACAUCUUGACUGAGUUAACAAAUGACGUGCAUUGAUCUCACCUGACUCUAUUUGAACCUGCAUUUCGUUCUGGCUGUAAUCACCGAAUUCACCUUACUAAUUUCCACUGUGUUAGUUUCAGUAGUGCGUCACUAAUUUAAACAAUGUGGUAUUCUGUUAAGGCUUAACAACUGUUGAUUAAUGUUUAAUUUGAGGGAGAGAGAUGGAAAAUAAAAACCAAAAACUAGAAGCCCUAAUUAUAAUCUAAAUUAUUGAGCAUCAGGGUUUAGCAAAAUUGAAUUUACUUUAGAACUGUAAGUAUGUGCACACACCACCCUAAACUACUUAAUGUAUGUUUUCUGCUCCUAAAAAAUAAAAACUUGGAAUUUCAAAUAAGAUUGGGAAUUAAUUUUCUUUUUCAAAAUGUUUCGUUUUGCUAGGAUUAUUACUGUAAACAGUGUCAUUUAAUCAAAUACUACAGCUGCACACACAUGGUUGUUUAAAAAUUAUAUUUCUGUUAUGUCAAGAAAAUGGCACAUUUUUCCUUGUACAGUUACUGUUUUUUUAAUUAAUUUUAUUAUAAUGAUUACUGGAGAAGGUGGAUUUGCAGAUUGGGAGUAAAAUAAAAUUACUUCAAAUGGU